GGAAGAGUCGACUCCUCCUGACAGUCAACUGGAGCCGCUUAUGUUGUAGAGCCACCAACAACCGACGACAGCCCUGGACGACAGGGGGAGAGCGAACUGUUUGUUUCCUGAGUUCACCGCCGAACUGGAGCUUCUACUUGUUAGUCUUCAAACAAACGGAGGUUUUUGUCUGCACGGCGACGAGGAAAGUGUUUUCAUGUUGGACAAUUCACAGUGUUUACGGGGAGACUUCCAACUGGCGAAUCGCAUCAGUUCGCCCGGGAGGGUCAUCGUCAGAGACGGACACCCUCUGCUCCGUCAGAAUCAACUGUGUAGAAAAUGACCGGAGAGAAGGUCCGCUCCCUGCGCAAGGACCAGAGGCCGAGCAAGGACGAGGAUUUACUGGAGCCGGACGAGGAGGCUGCUACCGGGACAUUUACCGCCUCCAAGACGAACAAGAGCAGAGCGAGUAAAAUCUUUAGCAAUCACAAGUUAAUCAAGACUUCAUCCACGCAGCAGCAGAACCAACAGUCACAGAUUAAUGCUAACACCAACACAGUGUCAUCAGCAGAAGUUAUCGAUGACAAUAACAAAAACCCUAUCAUCAGAACCGGGCAGGACUUCCCGGUGCACGAGUGUGUGUUUAAGGGAGAUGUCCGACGCCUGUCAUCGCUCAUACGGACGCAGAAUAUCGCCCAAAAGGACGUCCAUGGAAACACACCAUUGCAUCUGGCUGUCAUGAUGGGGCACAAAGUGUGCCACCUGCUGCUGGCCCACAAUGCACCUGUGAAGGUGAAGAAUGCUCAGGGAUGGAGCCCGCUUGCUGAGGCCAUCAGCUACGGAGACCGGCAAAUGAUCACGGCACUUCUGAGGAAGCUGAAGCAACAGUAGGAGAGUGUGGAGGACAAGAGGCCCAAACUGCUGAAAGCCCUGAAAGAACUAGGAGACUUUUACUUGGAGCUUCACUGGGACUUCCAAAGUUGGGUGCCUUUGCUCUCCAGAAUCCUGCCUUCAGACGCCUGUAAGAUCUAUAAGCAGGGCAUCAACAUCAGGCAAAUUGGACACUACUUAAUAGACUUCACAGACAUGAAGUGUCAGCGUGGCGACCUUAGUUUCAUCUUCAAUGGUAAUGCCAUCCCCUCUGAGUCUUUUGUUGUGCUGGACAAUGAGCAGAAAGUCUACCAGCGGAUACACCACGAGGAGUCAGAGAUGGAGACAGAGGAGGAAGUGGACAUUCUGAUGAGCAGCGACGUAUACUCCGCCACUCUCUCCACCAAGUCCAUCACAUCCAGAGCGCAGACGGGCUGGCUGUUCAGAGAAGACAAGACGGUUGCGUGUGGGAAACUUCUGGCCGAUUUCUACUCCGUAAACGGCCUGGUGCUCGAGUCCAGGAAGAGGCGGGAGCAUCUGAGCGAGGAGGACAUCUUGAGGAACAAAGCCAUCAUGGAGAGCCUGAGUAAAGGAGGGAAUCUCAUAGAGCAGAAUUUCGAGCCGGUGCGGCGGCAGUCCCUGACUGCACCUUCACCUAACACUAUAUCCUGGGAAGAAUACAUCACUGCUGACAAUGGAAAAGCACCUCAUCUAGGGAGAGAGCUGGUCUGCAAGGAGAGCAAGAAGAACUUCAAAGCCACGAUAGCCAUGAGUCAAGACUUCCCUCUGGGCAUUGAAUCGUUAUUGAACGUCCUUGAGGUCAUUGCCCCCUUCAAGCACUUUAAUAAACUCAGGGAGUUUGUUCAGAUGAAGCUCCCUCCUGGCUUUCCUGUCAAACUCGAUAUCCCUGUCUUUCCUACGAUCACAGCCACGGUGACUUUUCAGGAGUUUCGCUACGAUGAGUUUGAUCAGUCCAUUUUUACCAUUCCAAACGACUAUAAGGAGGACCCCAGCCGCUUCCCUGACCUUUAACCUCUGAUGCUAGCGGACGAAACAAACUGACAUCCAAGCAACAUUAUGCUAUGAAAAACGUUAUCAAUUACAACACAAAAAGUGGAGGGAGGAAACAGCUGCGAUCUUCUCCCUCAAUGAAAAGGGCAACAAGAUGACCAAUUUUACGAGACAAAAACGGCUUCAUCAGAGCUGAUGGAGGCUCACGGUGGCAAAGGGGUCAACAACUCUUUGCACCAAUAAGUGUUUUGCGGUGUACUGUUGCAGGGUCUUACUUUCACUUUCAAAUUUGGUCAAAUCCAGAAGCCGAGGCAGGAAGUGCAAAUAUCUUUGACCUGACAGUCUGUAAAUCUCAUCGGUGAAGGGCAUUGAGUAUUAAAUGAGUGACAACAGAGCAGGUGAGUUUUCUAUGUAUGGGGUAUAACAGACAACCAGUUCAGUUGAUGCUUUGUAUUAAAGUAUGUAAGUAAUGUUUAUAAAGGGAAUGUGUUCUACCUUACCUGUAGUAAAGCACUGAUAUUACUGUGUGAAACAUUUGGGAGGAAUUCCACCAAAACUGACCUUUUAGGUUAUUUUUUACAAACUUCCAUUAACUUUUAAGAAUUAAGUUUCAGUUUUGUGAUAUUAGAUUUGAGGCUUAUGAACAUUGUAUUAUUAUGAACACCUGUUACACAGGUGUGGAGGAGAUAGUAUCACUGUUUUACAGUCAAUGCUUUACCCUAUUCAAAUUUUAAAAUGCUUCCAAAGGUAUUCUGCAAAUAUUAAGAGUUCACAAAACUAUACUUCAGUUUUGGGAAAUGAGAAGUGGCCUCUUUCGUAGAUUCAAAACCUAAAAGCCUGUUUUGCAGAAUUCUACUUAAAAACUGCACAUUGUAAGAUUGUUAGGUUGUGAAUGUGUGUGUGUGAGUUUAUGUGCGUGCGUGUGUAUGAGACAUUGAAUUUCAUGGGCAUGGAGUAGCAUCACUGAAAUUUUGGGCACUAUUUAGAUCCACUACAGCCACUUCUACUUUCAGCUGAGUUGAUACGUAGACACUCAUUUAGUGACAGUCAGCCCUUAACCCUGCAUCUAAAUUAUAAUGAUUUCAUUAGGGAAUUUCUUGAAAAGCUGCGAAAUGUAUGGUACCAUAGCUGGCUCUUUGUCUCUCUUGUACGAGUGGCAGCAAGCAUAGUUAUCUACGCCUUUUUUUUUUUUUACAGACAUUUGUAAACUAUGUAACAAACUGUACAAUCCAGCUUGAAGACAAAACCUGGGGAUUGUAAACUAAGUAGAUAAGGACAGUGAAUGAAUGAUGACAUGUCCAUGUCAUUUUUACACAUGACAAGUACCAAGCUUUCCCCUGCACAGUAUGUAAAUACAGCUUUUGUCUCUUAUGUUUUCCUAUUUUUUGUGCCGAGUUUAAGAUGUCCUCUUCAAGAGGAGAGUUUGGGAUUUUCUUUUUUAUGUAGCGUCAAAGGACUUUAAUUCAAGGGUUUAUUGUUUGUAACAUGUUGGCAGUUGCUAUUUUGUACAUACUUGUAAUGUUUUAAAGAAACAAUGAAUCUCUUCA